ACGGAGAGCCCGCGCGGCCACAACACGCGACGCGAGCGCGUAACGGCGCGAUCGCGGCCGAGGACAUCGAAGUUAGGACCUAGGAUCGCGCGAAGGACGGCGAUCAUGGACGGCCAGGUCGUGAAGAAGGGGCUGUACGAAGAAGUCGUCGUCCACCCUCUGGUGCUCCUCUCCGUCGUGGACCACUUCCGACGCGUCGAGGAGGAUGACACCGAGAGCAAGCGGGUCAUCGGGGUUUUGCUGGGCGAGGCGAGGAAGGGGCGGUUGGACGUGACGAGCUCGUUCGCGGUGCCGUUCGAGGAGGACGAGAACGACCCGAGCAUCUGGUUCCUCGAUCACUCGUACCUGGAGAAGAUGUGCGGGAUGUUCCGCAGGAUCAACGCCAAAGAAAAGAUCGUCGGGUGGUACAGCACCGGCCCGAAGAUCCGAACGAACGACCUCGACAUCCAGGCGCUCAUCUCGGACUACCACCCGAACCCGGUGUUUGUGAUCGUCGACGUGCGGCCGGACAUGGUCGGGAUACCGACGUCCGCGUACGCCGCGGAGCAAGAGAUCCGGGACGACGGGACGCAGAAGGAGGAGAAGACGUUCACGCACUUGCCGUCGUCGAUAGAAGCGUUCGAGGCGGAGGAGAUCGGCGUCGAGCACUUGCUGAGGGACGUGAAGGAUAACACGGUGAGCACGCUCGCGACGCAAGUCAGCGAAAAGAUUCACUCGCUGAACGGGUUAGAGACGCGGCUGAGGGAGAUUAAGAAGUACAUGGACCACGUCGUGGACGGGACGCUGCCGGUGAACCACGAAAUUUUGGGGCACCUGCAGGACGCUUUCAACCUCCUCCCGAACCUGAACAUGGAGUCGUACGUCAAGGCGUUCGCGGUGAAGACGAACGACAUGAUGCUCGUGACGUACCUCUCGUCGUUGAUUCGAUCGGUGAUCGCGUUGCACGAUCUGAUCAACAACAAGCAGAUCAUGAAAGAGAAGGAGAAGGAGCUAGACGCCGCGGCUGCCGCGGCGGCGAACCCGAAGAAGGACGGGAAGGAAGGCCCGGAGAGCGCGAAGGAGGAGGAGGGCGGGGACGCCGCCGAGGCGAAGAAGGACGACGCGAAGUGAACGCGUCGCGCGGUAGCUCGCGCGACGACCUACGUGUACUACGGGAGACAUAUUCUCGGCGACGCUCGUGGAGCUCGAUAUUCACAGCCCGCGCGUCGCUCACGUGUACUCAUCACGUGGUAGACUAAUUUUGAUGGCAGCGUCGACGCGCGGCUCGGCUCAGUUCCAC